UCAGCAAACCCCCAGAGCUUGGCCCUAAUCCCCAACAAGAAAAGCAAGUCCAUCUCUUUCUCCGCCCUUUCUCCUCGUUCUCCUCCUCUCUGUUCGCAUUCUUCGAUCUACUGUGAUCCAACUCCUACCUCGUCUUGUGGGGUUUCUCCAAUCCCUAUAUGGUUUUCCAUCGAUUCCAAGAUAUAGUGCUUCCAGUCUAGGCGGUUCUCCUUCUGAGCUAUUAUUGGAUCGGGACAAUGGGUGCCCCGGAGGCCAACUGGGAGAGGCUGGUGCGCGCGGCGCUCCAGAGGGAGCGGCUGGGUGUUGGUGCUUAUCGUCAGCGCGCGGGUGGAAUCUCGGGGAUCGUCCCGUCGUGUCUGUCAAAUAAUUUGCACAUCGAUGAGAUACUUCGAGCUGCAGAUGAGAUCCAAGAUGAGGAUGCUAGCAUAUCACGGAUCCUAUGUGAGCAUGCUUACUCACUAGCGCAAAAUUUGGAUCCAAAUAGUGAGGGAAGAGGUGUCCUUCAGUUCAAGACUGGUUUGAUGUCUGUCAUCAAGCAAAAACUUGCAAAAAGGGAUGGUGGGAGCAUUGAUCGCAGCCAAGAUAUUGCCCGGUUGCAGGAAUUUUACAAGAAGUAUAGAGAGAAGCAUAAAGCAGAUGAGUUGCGUGAAGAUGAAAUGAAACUUAGAGAAUCAGGCGUUUUCAGUGGAAACCUCAGAGCGUUAGAGGACAAAACUUUGAAAAGGAAGAAGGUAUUUGCGACUCUAAAGGUCCUGGGAACUGUUGUAGAAGAACUUACAAAAGAAAUAGCCCCUGAAGAUGCAGAUAAGCUGAUCUCUGAAGAGAUGAAACGGGUAAUGGAAUCUGAUGCAGCAAUGACUGAGGAUGUAAUUGCUUAUAACAUAAUUCCACUGGAUGCACCAUCUAUAACAAAUGCCAUAGUCUCAUUUCCAGAGGUGAGAGCAGCAGUAUCGGCUUUAAAGUACCAUAGGGAGCUACCCAAGCUGCCAGGAGAUUUUUCCCUUCCCGCUUCACGGAGUGCUGAUAUGCUUGAUUUUUUGCAGUAUGUCUUUGGUUUCCAGAAAGACAAUGUCUGCAACCAACGGGAACAUAUUGUUCACCUUCUUGCAAAUGAGCAAUCUCGACUUGGGAAUCCUGUUGGCACUGAACCAAAAAUAGAUGAGGGAGCAGUGCAUAUUGUAUUUUAUAAGUCACUUGAGAACUACAUAAAGUGGUGCAACUAUUUACCCCUUCAGCCAGUUUGGAACAACUUGGAUUCGGCUACUAAAGAGAAGAAGCUGUUAUUACUUUGUUUGUUCUUUCUUAUCUGGGGGGAGGCUGCCAAUGUUAGAUUUCUACCAGAGUGCCUGUGCUAUAUAUUUCAUCAUAUGGCAAGGGAAUUGUUGGAGAUACUACAUGAACAGAUUGCAAAGCCAGCCAAUAGUUGUAUGUCUCAAAAUGAGGCGUCUUCAGUGUCUUUCCUUGACCAAAUUAUUUCUCCGAUAUAUGAGGCAUUAGCAGCGGAAGCUGAAAACAACAACAAUGGCCGGGCAUCUCAUUCUGCAUGGAGAAACUAUGAUGAUUUCAAUGAGCAUUUUUGGUCCCUUAAUUGUUUUCAACUUGGUUGGCCAUGGCACUUGAAUUUACCCUUUUUUGCAAAGCCCAAAAAUGAGGCCAAGGGUUCAUCUUCUGCUGGUAGAAGAGUUCAUUAUGGCAAGACAUCUUUUGUGGAGCAUCGAACUUUCCUUCAUCUUUACCAUAGCUUUCACCGUCUCUGGCUGUUUCUUUUCAUGAUGUUUCAGGGUUUAACCAUCAUAGCCUUCAACAAAGGCCACUUGAAUGCGAAGACAUUAAAAGAACUUCUUAGUUUGGGUCCAACAUAUGUUGUUAUGAAGUUUUGUGUAUGUGUACUUGAUAUAAUGAUGAUGUAUGGUGCAUUUUCUACCUCACGUGGAUCAGCCGUGACUCGAAUUAUUUGUCGCUUCCUUUGGUUUUCUUUUGCUUCAGGGGCAAUUUGCUAUCUAUAUGUUAAGGCACUUCAAGAAGGAACAAAUUCCACCAUAUUCAAAAUCUAUGUCUUUGUGGUUGGCAUAUAUGCUGGAAUACAACUGUUUAUUAGCUUCUUAUUGCGAAUUCCAUUCUGCCGCCAACUAACAGAGCCUUGUGAUCGUUGGUCUAUGAUUCGUCUUAUUAAAUGGAUGCAUGAGGAACACUACUAUGUUGGACGUGGGAUGUACGAGAGGACCACUGAUUAUAUAAAAUAUGUGCUCUUUUGGCUUGUUGUUCUGGGUUGCAAGUUUUCAUUCGCAUAUUUUCUUCUGAUCAAGCCAUUAGUUGAACCAACACAGAUCAUUGUUAACUUAACCAGAUUAGAAUAUUCGUGGCAUGAUUUAGUCUCAAAAGAUAACCACAAUGCUCUUACAAUUCUUUGCUUAUGGGCACCUGUAUUUUCUAUUUAUCUCCUAGACAUUUAUGUGUUCUACACUGUACUAUCUUCUAUUUAUGGGUUCUUACUUGGGGCAAGAGAUCGCUUGGGAGAGAUCAGGUCUGUUGAAGCCAUUCACCAACGUUUUGAGAAGUUCCCUGAGGCAUUUAUGACCAAUUUGCACCCUGUUCUUCGUAAAAGGCAGAUGUUACGUUCGAAUGAUCAGGUCCUUGAGUUGAACAAGUUUGAUGCUGCUAGAUUUGCUCCUUUCUGGAAUGAAAUCAUAAAAUGCUUGAGGGACGAGGAUUACAUCACUAAUCUUGAAACAGAGCUACUUCUCAUGCCAAGUAAUGCUGGAAAUGUUCCUCUUGUUCAAUGGCCUUUGUUCCUUCUUGCUAGCAAGAUAUAUCUGGCCAAAGACAUUGCAGCUGAAAGCAAAGAUUCACAAGAUGAGCUGUGGGAAAGAAUUUCAAGGGAUGAUUACAUGAAGUAUGCUGUUGAAGAAUGUUAUCAUACUACUAAGCUUCUCUUGAUUUCAAUAUUAGAAGAUGAAGGUCGGCUAUGGGUGGAGAGGAUAUAUGACGAUAUUGGGAAAAGUAUAACGAAAAAAGAAAUUCAAUUGAACUUUCAGUUGAACAAUCUCGCUCUUGUGAUUUCCAGGAUUCCUCCAAUAACUGGAGUGCUGAAAGGGGCUGAAUCUGCUGAACAAACUCAAGGAGCUGUGAAAGCGUUACAAGAUCUUUAUGAUGUGAUUCACCAUGAUUUUCUUUCUCUCGAUAUGAGAGAAAAUUUUGAGGAGUGGAGUAGGAUUUUUAAGGCGAAGGCGGAAGGCCGCCUCUUUACCAAGCUAAAGUGGCCUACAAAUCCUGAGUUGAAAGCAUUGAUCAAGAGAUUGCAUUCACUUUUGACAAUUAAAGAAUCUGCUGCAAGUGUUCCUAGGAACUUGGAGGCGAGACGGAGAUUACAAUUCUUUACCAACUCUCUUUUUAUGAAAAUGCCAGCAACAAAGCCUGUUUCUGAAAUGUUGUCAUUCAGUGUUUUUACUCCAUACUACUCUGAGAUUGUGCUUUACAGUGAUUCUGAACUUCAAAAGAAGAAUGAGGAUGGGAUAUCUACUCUAUUUUACCUUCAGAAGAUUUUCCCUGAUGAAUGGCAGAAUUUCCUAUCCCGCAUUGGCAGAAAGGAAGAUGCACGAGACUCUGAACUUUUUGGUAAUCCAAGUGAUAUGCUUGAGCUUCGAUUUUGGGCUUCUUAUCGUGGGCAAACCUUGGCGCGGACUGUUCGUGGGAUGAUGUACUAUCGUAAAGCACUUAUGCUGCAAAGCUAUUUGGAAAGGAUUUCUUUGGAAGAUCCCGAAGCUGCUAUUGCUGAUAGUGCUUUGACUGACACUCAAGGUUAUGACCUGUCUCCUGAAGCUCGAGCUCAGGCUGAUUUGAAGUUUAGCUAUGUUGUUACAUGCCAGAUUUAUGGUCAACAAAAGGAAGAGCAGAAGCCAGAGGCUGCUGAUAUUGCAUUACUUAUGCAACGGAAUGAAGCUCUUAGAGUUGCUUUUAUCCAUUCUGUUGAGAGUAUGAAGGACGGUAUAAAUCACACCGAAUAUUAUUCAAAACUUGUUAAAGCAGACAUACAUGGAAAAGAUCAGGAAAUAUAUUCGAUAAAAUUACCUGGCAAUCCAAAGCUUGGUGAAGGCAAGCCUGAAAAUCAAAACCAUGCUAUUAUUUUUACACGUGGAAAUGCUGUCCAAACUAUAGAUAUGAAUCAGGAUAACUAUUUUGAAGAAGCUUUAAAGAUGAGAAAUCUCCUUGAAGAGUUCAAUUCUGAUCACGGUCUUCGCAAGCCAACUAUUUUAGGUGUCCGAGAGCAUGUCUUCACUGGAAGUGUUUCUUCUCUAGCAUCAUUUAUGGGUAACCAAGAAACAAUCUUCGUGACUUUAGGCCAGCGUGUUCUAGCAAAUCCUCUAAAGGUACGAAUGCAUUAUGGCCAUCCAGAUGUUUUUGAUAGAAUUUUUCAUAUAACAAGAGGUGGUGUCAGCAAAGCAUCCCGUGUUAUAAACAUUAGUGAAGAUAUAUAUGCAGGUUUUAAUUCAACUUUACGCCAAGGCAAUAUUACUCAUCAUGAAUAUAUUCAGGUUGGUAAAGGAAAAGAUGUUGGGUUGAAUCAGAUUGCAUUGUUUGAAGGCAAAGUAGCUGGUGGAAAUGGCGAGCAAGUCCUUAGUAGAGAUGUCUACCGACUGGGCCAACUAUUUGAUUUUUUUCGGAUGAUGUCUUUCUACUUUACAACAGUUGGAUUCUACUUCUGUACCAUGUUAACGGCGCUGACUGUGUACAUAUUCCUUUAUGGCAAGACAUAUCUGGCACUAUCUGGACUUGGGAAGGCCAUUCAAGAUAGAGCAAAUAUAAUGCAUAAUACUGCUUUAGAUGCUGCUCUAAAUACACAAUUUCUUUUCCAAAUUGGUAUAUUUACUGCUGUUCCUAUGAUUUUGGGCUUCAUCCUGGAACAGGGAUUUCUAACGGCUGUUGUUAGUUUUACAACGAUGCAGUUUCAACUUUGUUCUGUAUUUUUCACUUUUUCUCUUGGCACAAAGACACAUUACUUUGGUAGAACGAUUCUCCAUGGCGGCGCAAAGUAUCGAGCGACUGGCCGAGGAUUUGUUGUCCGUCACAUCAAGUUUGCAGAGAAUUAUCGGCUUUAUUCCCGCAGUCACUUUGUCAAAGGGUUUGAGGUUGUGAUCUUAUUAAUUGUAUACUUGGCAUAUGGGUAUAAUAAUGGUGCCCUGUCCUACAUUCUUCUGUCAAUUAGCAGUUGGUUUAUGGCACUCUCAUGGCUGUUUGCUCCAUAUCUAUUCAACCCCUCUGGUUUUGAGUGGCAAAAGACAGUGGAGGACUUUAGAGAUUGGACAAAUUGGCUUUUUUAUAGAGGUGGAAUUGGAGUAAAAGGAGAGGAAAGCUGGGAAGCCUGGUGGGACGAGGAGUUGGUGCAUAUACAUACAUUGCGGGGAAGGAUAUUGGAGACCAUUUUGAGCUUAAGAUUUUUUGUCUUCCAGUACGGCAUUGUUUAUAAACUGCAUGCUAGUGGACAUGACACAUCAUUAACGGUGUAUGGCCUAUCUUGGAUUGUGUUAGCUGUGCUAUUUUUUCUGUUCCAGGUAUUCACAUUCAGUCAGAAGGCAUCUGUAAACUUCCAGUUGCUUCUCCGCCUCAUCCAGAGCAUGUCAUUUUUGCUGGUAUUGGCUGGUUUGGCUGUAGCAAUUGCAGUCACAUCUCUUUCUGUGCCCGACGUCUUUGCUUGUAUCCUAGCAUUUAUACCCACUGGAUGGGGAAUUUUAUCCAUUGCAGUUACAUGGAAGCCUCUCAUGAAGAAGUUGCACUUGUGGAAGUCAGUGCGCUCGCUCGCUCGGCUCUAUGAUGCGAUAAUGGGGAUAUUCAUAUUUAUUCCUGUCUCUUUAUUGUCUUGGUUCCCUUUUGUAUCGACAUUCCAAACCCGUCUUCUGUUCAACCAGGCAUUCAGCAGAGGUCUGGAGAUCUCCCUCAUCCUUGCCGGAAACAAUCCCAACACUGGGCUUUAAUCUGCUACACCUUUGUAAAUAUGUUCGAAGAUUUUGUUUGAGUGAUUGCUAUGUAGCUUUUUGAUUUUGGACUCAUUUAAGCUUUCAUUAAGAAGCAUCUGUGUUCUAUGUUAGACAAAAGGCUUGUAUACUGGUUUACAUCAGUUUGUUUAGUUUUUGAAUUAUUCCGUGUAUUUUUGGUCCAUGCUAAUACUAGAGUCAUUGUGAUUUCUCCGUGUA